AUGCCCAGAGAAUGCGAAUAUACUUGGACUGAAUUUCAGCAAGUAUUGAAAAAUGUCUUUGGUGAGCGGACAGAGCCUCCAGAUGUCCCAAGGAAAUAUAUAAAUGAUGCAUUAUUUGAAAUAAAGUGUUUUGAAAAUGAAGGUAAUUGCCCGCAGGAAUCCAUAAGCAUCUGGAGGAACAGACUAAAUGACUGGUUAAAUGAGAUGACACACAUGAGAAUUAUGCGCAAGUCAAAUAAAGAAACCAGAAACUAUCGCCAAAAACCACGACUGCCUGAGAAGAAAGGCAAGGCUGCUGAAACAGAUAAUGAUGAUUUUUUUAUACACAGCGAGUACAUAGGAGCAUAUGGAUUGUUUAUUUCGGAUUACAAGAAGGAUUUCCAGAGGGUGUUGGAGUUAAAAGAAUAUAAGAAGCAUUCACCGACUGCAUAUGUUACAGCAGUAACGCCGGAGUCAACUCUGACGAAAUUAACCAAUGGAAGGAGAAGUUUAAACGGUUGGAUUGAUGAAGCUGAAAGCCUGAAUCAGCUAAAUGAAGAACUUGAUGAGAACAAUGAUGAGGAAAGCGAAGAAUUACGACUGGGAAGACUACUAACUCAACACAUGGAGUUAAGGCAAAUUGCCGAGCAGAACACCAAGAAAAUGUGA